UAAGAAUGGAGGAUAACGAGAGCAUGUCUUCUUGAACAUUCAAAUAUCUUCAGAAUAUUAGGAAUUAUUCUAACGAGCUUAAUCUUAACAAUGUGGCCAGUCUUUCAAAGAACUUUGGUCAAUAUGAGGAGGGAAAAGAUGGAAAUCUAGGAAUGAUGAAGCCAAAUAGACUUCCGAGUUUUGGAAAAGGACUUCCAGAUAUGAGUCUUAUGGCUCUUAAGAGCGAGGAUCCUCUCCCGAUUCCAAACAUGAGCAAGGCUGAUAACUUGUACAAUUGGAUAGGGAUGGAUAUGGACAAGGGCGCUCCUAUCACUCAACCAAUGGCUUCUAAAACUUCAAUCCAAAAGCAAGCUCUAGAAGAGCAAAGGAAAAGAGAUGAGAAAACUAAAGCAAAGGAACGCAGAAAGAAAGAUCUCAAUAAUGCAAGAGCUAGGAAGUCCAGACUUAAAAAGAAGAAGUUCUACGAAGAGCUCGAGGGUAAGUACAAUGAACUCCAAGAAGAACUUGAGAGAAAGGACAAGCUUAUUGAAGACCUGAAAGCAGCCCUCUUUGCUAAAGAGUCCACUACUGCUGUGCCUGUGGGGGAAGCCAACCAGAAAUAUAAGGUUGAUCUUCUUGAAGACUGUGACCACUUACUACAGAAUUUGUCUAAGAACAAAGAGUUCUGUGCAAAAGAAAGGGAAAUUGCUGAACUGUACCAACCUUUUGGUACUGAGAGGGUCAAGACCAUCAACUCAGCCUUCAACACUAUAGUUGAGAAUAUUCAUCCGGAAGAAUUCAAGAUUCUGUUCAAAUACUGUGAUACUAAUUUGAAUAAAAGGGUUAAGAGGAGUGAGAAAGACCAAGGAGAAUCAUCAGAAUACAAAACUUAUGCUUCUAAGAUUCUCAAAAAUAUGAAUAAUACUACUAUGAAGCACUUAAAAGGGCUUAAGGACCAGGUAAAAAGUACCAUUGCUGAGGUACUUAAGUUCAGAACUGAAGUGUUGAAAACAAUGAUUGGAAUUCAAGCUUUCCAGGACGACAACAUGAAUUUCAUUUCUCCAACCACUAAUUCUAAAAAAGGUUCUUUGCCACAGUCUCUCUCAGAGACCCACAAAUUAUCCCAAACAAUCAGCAUGAACGAGUUGUGGAGUAUCCACAAGAGAACUCUUUCCGUUGACCAGAACGGUGAGGAGGUCAUUAGAGACUCAUCAAGGUCUCGCAGAAAAUCAGUACCCCAGAAGGAGUUCCAGAUCAAUCACUUAUUUUUAGAAUAUUAAAGUUCUAAUUCAUGAAAUCUUGAC